AUGGCAAUCGAGGACAUUGGCCUGGUGAGCAUCAACGUGCGGAUGUGGCGUUACCUGGCCGUACUGUACCCCACUCCCGCCAGCAACUGGCGCAAGUUUGCCUUCGUCCUGCCCGUGAUGGCAAUGAAUCUGAUGCAGUUCUUCUACCUGCUGCGCAUGUGGGGCGACCUGCCCGCCUUCAUCCUCAACAUGUUCUUCUUCGCGGCUAUUUUUAACGCCCUGAUGCGUACGUGGCUGGUCAUCAUCAAGCGCGUCCAGUUCGAGCAGUUCCUUGCCCAACUGUCCACCCUGUUUUACUCAAUUCUGGAGUCCACUGACGAGCGGGGCCGCGGUAUCCUGCGGAGGGCAGAAAGCGAGGCACGGCGCCUGGCCAUUUUUAAUCUGAGUGCCUCUUUCCUCGACAUAAUCGGGGCUCUACUGACGCCUCUGUUCAGGGAGGAAAGAGCCCAUCCCUUCGGCGUAGCCCUUCCUGGAGUUAAUAUGACCCGUACGCCUGUGUACGAAGUGGUGUACUUGGCCCAGCUGCCCACGCCCCUGCUCCUGUCCAUGAUGUACAUGCCCUUUGUUAGCCUCUUUGCCGGCAUGGCCAUCUUUGGCAAAGCCAUGCUCCAAAUCCUUGUCCAUAGAUUGGAUCAGAUCGGAGGCGAGGAGCAGUCGGAGGAGCUACGCCUACGCAUGCUAACCGCCUGCAUUCGCUACCAUAUUCGGGUGAUGGGGUACGUGAGCGAGCUCAAUGAACUGGUUACCAACAUUGUGGCCGCCGAAGCCAUUAUCUUUGGCUCGAUAAUCUGCUCGCUGCUUUUCUGUCUGAACAUUAUAACUUCUCCCACCCAAGUCAUCUCAGUUGUGAUGUACGUCUUCACCAUGCUAUAUGUGCUGUUCACCUACUACAAUCGAGCCAACGACCUGAGCCUCGAGAACAACCGAGUGGCGGAGGCAGUGUACAAUGUGCCCUGGUACGAGGCCAGGAUUCAUUUUCGCAAAACCCUCCUGAUCUUCCUGAUGCAGACGCAGCGGCCCCUGGAGAUAAGAGUUGGCAACGUUUACCCCAUGACUUUGGCCAUGUUUCAGAGUCUGCUGAACGCGUCCUACUCCUACUUCACCAUGCUGCGUGGGGUCACCAACAAAUGA